AUGGCCACCCGCCUCGCUGCGCGUCUCAAUUUCAACGCAGGACGUUCCCUUGGCCAGAAAAGGGUCAUAUCUACUCGCAAUUAUGCAGCAGCAGCUCGAUAUCGCGCUACAGUAGCUCGUCCGUCCCACGUCCUGAGUCGAAACGCGUCUUCUGCUAUUCCUGAGGAUUUUGAUAUCGACGUCGAUGUUCCGUCAGCGUCAUCUUCAGCAAAGGAAGUUGUUUCAUCCAAUCCAUAUUCUGAAUCCUCUCUCGCCGCUCCAGACGAAGCUGCAACGGAUUGGUCAAGAAGCUUCCAUGGCCUUUCUGCCUCACCUUUUCCAAAGGAGGCUGCUGACGUUCUUCUGGCUCCCAUUGACCCGGCAGACAUUGAGAUGAAGCCAGGCAUGUUGGGGCCAUUCUAA